GCGCCGUACGCCUGGAGAAAGACGUUAAAAGAGGGAAGGCGCUCAGCCUCGCUCGCGGUCGCCGCCAUGUUGACUGCUGGCGCGCCGAAGCCGGCCCGGGCGGCGCCAUGUUAGGGCUCGGCGCUUUUUCCCUGCAGCACAUGGCGGGAGAGGGCGGCUCGGAGGCGGCGGCGGCUUUGCUGAAUGGCGGGGCGAACGGCGAAGAGCCGGGCGGGAAGCGAGCCCGGUUAGGGUCGGCUCCUCACGCUCCCCCUGCCGGGAACCGGGCGACGGUGGUGCUGGGGGCGCAGUGGGGGGACGAGGGCAAAGGGAAGGUGGUCGACCUGCUCAGCCUCGACGCCGACCUGGUCUGCAGGUGCCAGGGUGGCAACAACGCAGGACACACCGUCGUGGUGGACACGGUGGAAUAUGAUUUCCACCUGUUGCCCAGCGGAGUCAUCAAUCACAACGCCACUUCGUUCAUUGGGAACGGGGUUGUAAUCCACCUUCCGGGACUCUUUGAAGAAGCUGAGAAGAAUUUAAAAAAGGGACCAGGGUUGGAAGGCUGGGAAACCCGAACUGUGAUUUCUGAUCGCGCUCACUUGGUGUUUAAUUUCCACCAAGCCGUGGACGGCAUCCAGGAGCAACAGAGGCAACAGCAAGGAGGGAAAAACCUGGGCACCACCAAGAAAGGCAUCGGUCCUGCCUACGCUUCGAAAGCUUCACGAACCGGGCUGCGCAUUUGUGACCUGUUGGCAGAUUUCAAUGAGUUCUCCAAAAAAUUCAGGGUUUUGGCCCAGCAGUACAAAGCCAGCUACCCAACGCUUAAUAUAGACACGGAAGCCGAACUGGAACAACUAAAGAUCUACGCCGAGAAGAUCCGGCCCCUGGUGAAGGACGGGGUUUAUUUCAUGUACCAAGCUCUGCAUGGGCCUUCCAAAAAGAUUCUCGUGGAGGGAGCCAACGCAGCUCUCCUGGACAUAGAUUUUGGUACCUACCCCUUCGUGACCUCCUCGAAUUGCACCGUUGGAGGGGUUUGCACCGGCCUUGGCAUUCCCCCCCAUUACAUCGGCAAGGUAUAUGGCGUAGUGAAGGCGUACACCACCCGCGUCGGCGUGGGGACCUUCCCCACCGAGCAGAACAACGAGAUCGGCGAGACGCUCCAGACCCGAGGACGAGAAUUCGGCGUCACCACGGGCCGUAAGCGUCGCUGCGGCUGGCUGGACCUCGUCUUGGUGAAAUACGCCCACAUGAUCAACGGUUUCAGCGCGCUGGCUGUGACCAAGCUGGACAUCCUCGACACUUUUGAAGAGAUCAAAGUGGGUGUGGAAUACCAUCUGGAUGGGAAGCAGAUUCCGUAUUUCCCAGCCAAUCAGGAGCUCCUGAACAAAGUCACGGUCAAAUUCAAAGACCUACCUGGAUGGAGGUGUAGCACCGAGGGAGCUCGUACCUUUGCCGACUUGCCCGCCGAGGCCCAGGCUUACAUCCGGUUUAUCGAGGACUAUCUGGAAGUGCCAGUCAAGUGGAUCGGCGUGGGGAAAUCUCGCAAAUCUAUCAUCAAGCUCUUUUGAAGUCCUCCUGCCUCCCCUCCCCGGACCGAAGGUAGAAGCUGUUUCUACCCUCAAGUUCGUUGAGCCAAGCAGCUGAGGAUGCCCGCUCAUCCUUCCUAAAUGCACUCAAGCCAGACCCCCCACACACACCCCUUUACUAGAGAGAACACAGCGCCCCUUCCUCAGUUUCCCUCCCUCCCUCCCAUGUAAAAUUUCCUCUUGGCCCUUGAUUGUUUGGGAAGAGAAUUAGGACAAGUUCUGGCUGCCAGCUGAGCUUUACACAUAGGGCCGUGGUGGCUCAGUGGCUGAAAACGUUGAGCUUGUCGAUCGAAAAGUCGGCAGUUCAGCGGUUCGAGUGCCGCGUAACGGGGUGAGCUCCCGUGACUUGUCCCAGCUUCUGCCAACCUAGCAGUUCGAAAGCAGGUUAAAAAAAAAAUGCAAGUAGAAAAAAUAGGGACCCCCUUUGGUGGGAAGGGAACAGCGUUUUCCGUGCGCCUUUGGCGUUGAGUCAUGCCGGCCACAUGACCACGGAGACGUCUUCGGACAGCGCUGGCUCUUCGGCUUUGAAACGGAGAUGAGCACCGCCCCCUAGAGUCGGGAACGACUAGCACGUAUGUGCGAGGGGAAUCUUUACCUUUACCUUAACCUGGCUGGCAGCUGAGCUUUACACAUCUUUCCAGGACAAAUUUAAGGGCACACACUCCAUUUUUGCACCCCAUUCCUUUCUUUUCCCCCCUCUCCCUCCCUCCCUCCCCAAUAAGUUGCCAUCGAUCACCCCUAACCUUGAUCUGACCAGCAUUCAUGGUUCACCGUCUCUUUUUGCAUUACUAAUCCCUUUGGUCAUUCCCUGGCAGUCAGCCUUGAUCCCAUGUUGGAGGUGUCUCUCUCCCCCCAUCCCCUCCAGCCAGGUGUGUGUGUGGGGGAGGGAGUGGUUCAUGGAAAUUGUAGUCCUCUGGUGCAAAAACAGCUGCCUUCCGUCGAUUGCCUACCGUACUACAAGUAGUAAUUCCACCAAGUGUCAGCUGGCGGUGAGGAGCGCUAGGAGCUGUAAUUUCCGUAUCUUAUCUACUGUAUAGAACUGGGCGGUAAGUAGCUUUCUGGGGGCGGGGGUGGGUGGGGAAGGUCCGUCAUAAUUUCGAACUGUCACAAAGGGGAUCCGUCGUAAGUCGAGGACUGCCUGGGCCCUGUUCCUGCCACUGGAAACAAGUGCAUUGUGAAUUGCAGAGGGUUUUGUGCUGUCGAAAACUCUUGACGCGCCGCCCGAUUUUUUAAUAUUUAGCUUUCUACAUUUAAAAAAAAAAAAACAGCACGCUUUCUAUGUUUAAGCCUAAUUGUGGAGAUCUCCUUCAGGGAUCGCUAAAUUAUGGAAGCACUCCCUGUAGAUUGUGUGGUUUUUUUUCCCCUUGGGGACCUUAAUCAGGACUAGCCUCUUUAAUUGCCGAUGGCUAACAGGGGAAGCAGCCAUUUGGGAUGUUAAAGCUUUUUAGAUUUCUACUUGCACAAACCUCUCUCACUACAUCCGAACACACAAAACUUUAGUGCUUUUAGCCUGACUUGCUCUCACUUCGGUCGUUCGUUUGUUUGUUUCCGGCAAUUGCCAAAUCUGCCACCAAAAGCAAUAAAAGAAUCACGAUUUAUUUUUUAUAAAUCGGUUGGAAUAGUGAAAGAAAAAAAAAUAUUUUUUUGGCUGUUCUUUCCUCUCUCUUUUUUUUUAAACUUCCCCAGGUUGUCAUCGUCGGCUCAACUUAACGAUCGUAAAUUGGGAGCAAAAUUUCCGUCUUAUAAAGUCGUUGCGGUCGUAA